GUCAUCACGUACACGUUAUUAAUUCAGAGAAAAGCCACACUCUUUACAUAAUUGGCCCUUAAUCUUCGCUUCAUCACAAUUUCCUUAUUCAUUCUCAACAUGGUUCACUCAACAACAUGGUUCUUCUCACUUUUGGUAUCCUUAACCAUUCAUUUAUCAGGGAUCGAUUCCGCCAGAAUAAUGACUUUGAUCAACCAAUGCAACUACACGGUGUGGCCAGCUUUGAGCAAUAGAACGGGGUUCGUUUUGGCCAGCGGCGAAAAUUCCAGCGUCGGCGUACCCGAGAAUUGGCAGGGUCGAAUCUGGGCCCGCACACACUGCACCACCGACUCAGUUACCGGAAAUUUUUCUUGCGCUACCGGCGACUGCAACUCCGGCAAUCUAACGUGUAACAAAGAAGGGUCAGCGCCGGAGACGGUGGUGGAGUUUAACUUAGACGGAGUGAACGGGUCUGAGUUUUAUUACGUGAGCUUGUUGCAAGGGUUCAACGUGCCGGUGAUUGUUGAUCCCGUGAGUGGUUCUGGCGGGAAGUGUGAGAGCACGGGUUGCGGGGUGGAUUUGAACGCAGUGUGUCCAACGGAGCUAAAGGUAACGAGAAAUGAGGAAGUGGUGGGUUGUGAGAACCCUUGCGAUGGGAGCGAUUCCUCGUGCGAGAUAUUCGAGACGGCAUGUCCGCAAGCCUCCAUUAACCCAGUCAGGCCCUUCAACUGUUCCAAUCCUGCAUACUACAACAUUGUCUUCUGUCCUAAGUCUACCAAUGCUAGUCAAAGGGUUGGUGACUCACUCAUUGCUGGUAAUGGGACAUCUAAGUGGCUUUCUUCUUCAGGGGAUUUUGCAUUUGGCUUCUACCAACUUCCUAACAAGCUUUUCUUAUUAGCUAUAUGGUACAACCAUAUACAAAAUGGGAGCAUCAUUUGGUAUGCAAAUGGAGAAAACCUUGCUCCAAUAGGAUCAAAGUUAGAACUAAAUGCUUCUCGAGGACUAGUACUCAGAACCCCAGAAGGUUUAGAGUUAUGGAGAUCAAAUUUUACCUCAGGUCCAGUUUUUACUAGUCAAAUGAAUGAUGAUGGAAAUUUUCAACUAUUAGAUCAAAAUUUUGUUUCAUUAUGGGAGAGUUUCAUUCAUCCAACUGACACAUUGGUUCCUACUCAAGCACUAGAGUUAGGUGGAGAACUUUUUUCUCGGCAAGGAGAGUUCAACUUCUCAACUGGAAGGUUCACACUUUAUAUGCAACAGGAUGGGAAUCUUGUGCUUAAGCUUAUAAAUUUGCUUAGCAAUUAUAGUAAUGCUCCUUACUUUAAUACUGGCACUGCUGAUGCAAACAACAAAACAAAUGUUGGCAUGAGAUUUGUGUUUGAUAAAUCAGGUUUCUUGUAUGUACUGAAGAAAAGUGGGGAAAAGUUUAAAGUCAGCACAUCAAACGAGACUAUCUCUUCUAAUGACGUCUACUACAAAGCAACACUCAAUUUUGAUGGAGUUUUGACUGUGUCAUAUUAUCCCAAAGAUCCAAACAAAGAACAAAGGUGGGUCACUUUAAAGACAAUACCAGAAAAUAUUUGUCUAAAUUCUACUAUCAUGGAUGGUGGAGGAGUUUGUGGGUUUAAUAGCAUAUGCAACCUGAAAGAUGACCAGAGACCCAUGUGUAACUGUCCAGAGAGAUAUUCUCUAAUUGAUUCAAAUAACAUGUAUGGUGGUUGUAUACCAAAUUUCGAAGUCAAUUGUGAAGGAGGUGGUCACAUGAAUUCACAAGAUGAUUACAUCAUGGAAGAGUUGCAAAACACUGAUUGGCAAAAAUCUGAUUAUAAAACGGUAAGUCCUUAUACUCUAGAAGAGUGUACAAAAUCUUGUUUACAAGAUUGCUUAUGUGUGUUGGUUACUUUUAGUGGAAGUUCUUGUCGGCAAAUGAAGCUACCACUCAUAAAUGGGAUAAGUGGUAAAGAAGUAAAUGUCACUUCUAUCAUGAAAUUGAUGAAAAAUGAUGAGCUUUUAACUCCUUUACCGAAGCAAAAGAUGAACAAAGAUCAUGAUACCUUGAUCAUUGUGAUAUCUGUUCUUUUGGGCUUCUCCGUGUUUGUCAUUUUCAUGUUGGUUGGUGCAAUGUAUUUUUGUUUCUCCUACAACCGCAAGAAAAUCAAAAGGGGUAGAACCAACGAUGGUGUUGUUGAGAAAAACUUGCGUAACUUCACCUUCAAGGAACUUGUAGAAGCAACAAGAAACUUUAGUGAAGAAUUGGGAAGGGGAUCUUUUAGCAUUGUCUACAAAGGAACAAUAGACAUAACAAGUGUGGCUGUUAAGAAAUUAGACAAGUUGUUUGAAGAUAAUAACAAGGAAUUUCAAACUGAAGUUAAUGUAAUAGGUCAAACUCAUCAUAGGAAUCUGGUUCGUCUACUUGGAUAUUGCAAUGAAGGACAACACAGAAUCUUGGUGUAUGAGUUUAUGAGCAAUGGAACUUUAGCAAGCUUCCUUUUCACACCAUUGAAAGCAAAUUGGAGACAACGAUUUGACAUUGCCUCAGGGAUUGCUAGAGGUCUUGUUUACUUGCAUGAGGAAUGUUGCACCCAAAUCAUCCACUGUGACAUAAAGCCACAAAAUAUACUUCUAGAUGACCAAUGUAAUGCCAGAAUUUCAGAUUUUGGAUUAGCAAAGUUGUUAUUGAUCAAUCAAAGCCAUACUGAAACUGCAAUUAGAGGAACAAAAGGGUAUGUUGCACCAGAUUGGUUUAGAAGUUCACCAAUCACUACUAAGGUUGACACUUAUAGUUUUGGUGUGUUGUUAUUAGAGAUAAUUUGUUGCAGGAGGAAUGUGGAAAAGGAGAUUAUUGAUGAAGAAAAAGGGAUAUUGACAGAUUGGGCAUAUGACUGCUACAAGACUAGAAGACUAGACAUUCUUCUAGAAAAUGAUGUUGAAGCUAUUAAUAACAUUAAGAGUUUUGAAAAAUUUGUCAUGGUUGCUCUAUGGUGCAUUCAUGAAGAUCCCUCUCUUAGGCCAACAAUGAAAAAGGUUUUGUUAAUGUUGGAAGGCAUUAUUGAUGUUUCAAAACCACCAAAUCCCUACCUUUAUACUUCUCUUAGUUAAAGUUAAACAUUGUUUGUGUUUAGAUGUGGUUUGGGCAUUUUAUUUUAUUUUAUUUUAUUUUGGAUACUUAUUCAUUUAUGUGUUCUUC